UUUACAUGAAGAAUUGAAAAAGGAGUGUGAAAAGAGGCAUGAUAUGGAAAUGAAACUAAAAGAUGUAGAGACUCAACUCCAAGAAGAACGAAAAAUGAGGGAAGAAAUGACAGCCAAGUUUGAAGAGAGUCAAAGACAAAUCGGAGAAGAAAUGGAGAAACAAGUUGAAGCAAAAAUGGCUAAUAUGUUUCGCCAAAUGCUGAAUUUUCAAGAUGGACAAUCUUCCGGUGCACUGAAUAUAGAGUCUGAAUCUAAUCACAGAGCUAAUAACAUGACUACAGACAAACCUUCAAGUAAUGGUGUUUCAACUACUUCACAAAGAAAAGUUCGAAGCAAAUAUAUAAAGAAGAAUUGAGAUUGUUGCUAUUUUGGCCCUUGUGUUGUUCAGUUCCCUUAGCCUUACAAUGGUUUGCUUUCUUUGAGGAAGACAUGGAAUUCUUAUUUGUAGUGGUGUUGUUUGCUUCUUGUUCGUGUCUGCGUUUUGUUUUUUGGUUUUGCUAGCAGUUUUUAGAUUUUGUCUAGUGUUCCAUUGGCUUUAAUUUUUGGGGCCUUUGGUUUUGUCCGUCAGCAAUGGUAUUUGUGUUUCGCUACCUGCGUGUGGCUUGUUUGGCUAUUCAGUUUCAGUUUUUCUUUUCAUUAGAACAAGAUAAUUUAUAUUUUUUUCAUUUUUGAUGUAG